AUGGCAGCAACGGCGACCAUGCAGCGGCCCUAUCCCCCUAUAUAUCAUACGCCGCAGUCGAAUUCACCUGCGUCGGUGACCUCCCCUCAAUCCCAUGACCAUGGAAGGCCAAUGUACCCCCAACCGGGGUCACAGUUGAGCCAACCACUCUAUGGCUACCCUCAGUAUCAGUCCAUGAAUCAGGUACAUCAACCGGCCUACGGAGGUCAUCACGCACAGACCCAGCAACAUCAGCUCAAUUCGCAACCCAUGCUACCGUACCAAUCCACCGCUCCUCAAUUGUCUCAGAGCCAAGUCGCGCCCCAUCACUCCACGAUCUCAAGCAGCCCCAGACUGAAAUCUGAGCCUAACCAGGCAUAUCAGCAAACACCGCAGUCGCGCCCUGGAUUGCUCCCUCAGCAGCAACAGCAGCAACCACAACAGCAUCAGACUCCUGCGUCCCAGAAUGUAGGUCUGUCUCAACAGCAGCCGUCGUCACAACAGCAAUCUCAGCAGCAACAACAACCGCCAGGCAUUCCACCCGGCUCAAAUGCUGCGCCAGGGCCGAUUCCAGCAACAACUCCGUUGGUGGUGCGACAGGACGGAAACGGUGUACAAUGGAUUGCCUUUGAGUACUCCCGGGAUAGGGUCAAGAUGGAAUACACCAUACGAUGUGAUGUGGAGUCAGUGGACGCCAACUCCUUGUCGCAGGAGUUCAAGUCGGAGAACUGUGUAUAUCCACGAGCCUGUGUGCCGAAAGAACUGUACAAGGGCAACCGCCUGGCGUACGAAACUGACUGCAACCAAGUCGGGUGGGCGCUGGCCGAAUUGAAUCCAUGCUUGCGGGGAAAGCGAGGGUUGAUUCAGAGAGCUGUCGAUAGCUGGAGGAACAGCAAUCAAGAUCCUCGAUUGAGGAGCCGUCGUGUUAGACGUCAGGCCAAAAUGAACAACCGCUCCAAAAUGACAGCCUCCCCUACGGGCCCGGCACCUGGCUCAACCGGUGGUGUGCCGACCGGGCUUCCUGGUCCAAACUCCAUGGCCGCUCCGAGCACCCGACCCCCUGGCUCGCUGACGGGCGCACCGACCCAAAUUCAACACCAUCCACAGGAAGUACCCCCAACGGGACCCGAUAACGUUGGAGCAUACAAUACAGCACCUCAAGCAUAUCGUUCCAACCCCACGUCCCAGCACAUGGCCAGUCCGAAUGAUAUCCGUCAGAGUCACGUCUUUUCCGGUUACCCAAACUAUCCUGCUGUCCCCACAUCACUCGCUCCAUCGAUGGCGCCGACAAUGCAGGGCGGUUUACAACAUCUGGUCCGGCCUGGAGGACCGGCUGCCAUGGCUUCUAAAGAGCAGGAAGAAGAAGAGAAUGCUCUGUUUGGUGACUUGCCCGAGGGCAAACGUCGGAAGUUCAUCCUUGUCGAGGACACCCAGAAAAAUGCCCGCGUGCGAGUCAAGGUCACAUUGGACCAGAUCGAGAUGAGCGAAAUCCCCGAUUCGUACCGCAAGCAGAACUCCGUUUACCCACGGGCCUAUUACCCCGUUCAAAUGCAGGCGGCGGCGGAGUCAAGCCGAGGUGAUCGAUUCGUCGAGGAAGGAGAUGAGGUCGAUGGCGGGGUUCCUACUCUCGGCAAAACCUCUGUCUCGAUCCAAACUAGUGACGGGGAAGCUGAGGUGGAUGUGCCUCAAAUUUCCAGAAGCAAGCGCGGCCGUGAGCAGAAGAUCAAUGAGCUGGGCCACCGUAUGGCCUGGGGUCAAGGUCGAGUGUUCUCUGGUCGGCCCAUCUUCCUUGCUCGUGCUCUGGAUGCUUAUCGCGGCAAACAGCGAAGUGCUCUUCUGGCGGCAGGGUCUGAGCCGUCAACUAUUCCUGCACAUCUCGAGAUCCGGCCCGGCAAGAGAAGGUGGGUCGAGAGGACCAAACCUGCGGCCACGCAAGCCCUGACUCCUCCGACCGCGGCCUCCGACUAA